UCAGGUUAUCUUUGUCAUGUCUAAGUCAGCUAUGAAGCUACAUCCAGACCGCCGUCAACACGGGUGAUUCAAGCAAUCCGGUCAGCACUAUGAACGCCACAGACACCGAACGUUUGACUGAAACAACCAGGUGGUUGUGGAAAAUAUGCGGACCACUUAUUUUCAUUCCCAGAUUAAUAGGCAACUUUAUUGCCAUGUGGAUUUUCAUCAAACUGAAAAUCACCUCUUCUAAAGCCUUUUUACAUCUGUUUAUUUUAGCUGUCACUGAUACUUCGGUUUUGUUUACUAACCUCGGCAGAGUGUGGAUUAAAUACACGUUUGACUUAGAUGUACGAAACCUUUCAGACACUGGUUGCAAAAUUCAUGAAUUUUUUGCGUACACUUUCAUGGAUUUCUCUGGAUGGAUUUUGGUGUCCCUUUCAAUCGAGAGGUUUAUCAGCGUUUAUUUUCCUUUUAAUUUUAGGCAAUGGCGCACCAUCAAAAUAGCAAUUUUGAAACUGGUGUUCCUUUUUCUUUUGAUGUGCGCAAUAAAUGCUCACAUUUUGUGGACUUAUGGACUCGAUAUUAACACCAACAAGUGUAUCAUUAUAAAUGAGGCCUUGCGCCGUUACGACAAGCAUAUAUUUAUUUGGAUCGACAUGUGUGUUUCAUCAUGCAUUCCAUUUGUGAUAAUGUUUACAUGUUCCGUGUUAAUCAUUCACAGGCUUAAAAACUCGGGCAUGGUUCAACAUCGAUACAAUCCUAAUACACCAGUGGACAGGAACACGAAUAACACCCGAUUACUGGUUGUCUUGGCAAUAGUUUACAUUUGCUUGUCUCUUCCCAACUCUAUCGCAUAUCCCGUUGACGCCUUAAGUGGGAGGACAUGCAGUUACUGUGAUGCCAAGUGGGAGCUUGCCUGGACGGUCACGUACCUGAUACUGUUCUGUAACUACGCUAUAAACCCCAUUAUUUAUACGAUGCAAAUUUCGAAGUUUAAUAAUGAGUUUCGUAAAUUGCUUUGUUGCCAACUCAUCAGGAAUACUCACAGACUGGAAUCCCCAAGAGAACAUUCCGCAGUAAUGUCGACUGCGCCCAGUUACCGUAGGAGAGACCUUGACUUGUCAUCUUCAGAUACUUUAUCAACAUCGGAGAACGGCCGAGAACCAUCUCGUUGAACUCUUUAAAAAAUAAAGGGUACAACUCAGCACAAAGCGUGUAACUCAGCAAAUAUUCAUUAUUCUGAGGGGUACUGUUAGUCGACAGAGUAAUUCUGUAACUAAACAUCUGCUUGGUGACUGUAUCACUAAACAUGUCCAUGAAGAUUCUGUUAUUAAACAUGUUCUUGGUAAAUCGGUUACUAAACACUGGGCAAUACUGGUGAAACACUGGACACUGCUGGUGAAAUUCUGAACACUGUUGUUGAAAGACUGGAACUAUUAGUGAAACACUAAACAUUAUUGUUGAAAAACUGGGCACUAUUGUUGAAACACUGAACAUUAUUGCUGAAACACUGAACACUAUUGCUGAAACACUGAACACUAUUGCUGAAACACUGAACACUAUUGUUGAAACACUGAACACUAUUGGUAAAAAAAACACCCUGGACACUAUUGGUGAAACACUGGACCUGGGCUUUAGAUCUAACUAAUUUGGGCACAACAGGUUUUUUGUCUGUUCUGAACACAUCAAGGUCUUUUUAGUUCAGUACUGUUAAUAACAGCUGAUAAAGAGGUUAUUUAAUCUAAUUACAGCUUAACAUUCCAUUGAUUUUGAGGUGAGGUGUUUUGAGGCUAGCAAUUUGUACUUAAUUUGGACUUUCUUAUUUUGGGCAUACCUAUUUUGGGAACACCCUUUUUCGCCUGAGCUUUGGUGCAGUCUAAAGGCCUGUGGGCAUUGCCAGUAAAACACCGAUAACUACAGGAUUGUCUUUGGCACUUUUAAUCGUUUUACAUAUUUUAAUAUUGUUUUAUAGUUAUAUUUUAUCUUGGUUUGGGGACGGAAUGUAGCUCCUGUGGCAGAACGCUCGCAUGACGUGCAAUGGGUCACAGGAUCGAUCGCCCACAAAGGACAUUUGUUUCAGUCCAAUCUGUGCCUACAACCAGUACAUCAAAGGCCUAUAUUUCCGCUAGUUGUUUUUAUCGACGAAAUGGUCGAAAUAACCAUAUGUUAGACACUAAAUAGCCGUAGUUUAAAAUGCCAUUUCCUUUUCUUAUAUUAAUGUGUAAACGAGCUGAUACGUAAAUAAAUACUUUGUCUGUC